AUGCACAGUCGUGAGGUGGCCAGGAGAGUUUCUGCAAGGACGCGUGGCAUCCAGCGAUCAGCAACGCAGGUGUCCACGUGUGAGUGCGCGGACCCAUGUGACAUGCUGUCGAGCAUCUGGUUAAUGGGGCCUCUAGAAUGGAUAUGUAAUGCUUCUGGAAUGGCCAAGGUGCGGCAGGAGGCGUGCCGCAAGGCCAACCUGGAGUCGAUCGAGGACUUCCGGCGCUCGCAGCGCCUGCGCCACGCCACGGACCAGGAGGAGGAGCGGAGAAUGGAAGAAGCGACCAGAGCAAGAGAUAAGAUAGGUGAGAAGAUCUGGUGCGCUUAUAACGACCAUCUCAAGUGGUUGGCUGACGAAGACAAGAAGCGCCACGAAGCUCAGGAGGAGGAGGAGCGGCGCUGGCGCGAGCGCGAGCAGAUGGAGGAGGACCACCGCAAGUGCGUGGUGGCCUACCGCCAGCAGGGACACAAGGAGUGGCUGCAGGUGGGUCUCUUCGGCCGGCUUCGGCAUGCGGCGGAAAGCACUCGUCGAAUACGCACGUGUCGCGACCCGGAUGUCACCCCUGGUCGCCAUGACCAGGGCGUCGCGAACCGGGAGUCGCAAACCGGGAGUCGCCAACCGGGAGAAGAAAAGAAAGAGCAAGUCAAAGCAGAAGAAGAAAACGAAAAGAAAUUUCAAGCUAUCACACAGAGUUUAUGGGAAGAAGACGACAACCAAUUCUUCAAGUAUGCAGAUGAACUGAUACAAGAUUCUCAGGCAAAAGGACGAAUGCUUCUGCCACUUCAGCGCACUAUAUAUCUGAAAGACGAAGAAGGAGAAGAAGAAUUACAAGGAGAAAAAGGAGGAGGAGAAGUAGAAGAAGAAAGAGAAGAAGGAGAUGAAGAAAAAGGAGGGCGAGGAGGAGACCAAGGACACACUGGAAGAAUGCAUUAA